UUGCUUGUUUUGGUUGAACAUUCUUUUCUUCUUCUUCUUCUCUGGAUCGCCACGUUCUAUUCGAUUGUAUUGUUGCUUUUGAUGCGUGAAUGGUGAGGUUUUGAUUUGGGAUCUGCAUGCUUUGUUUGUCUGCUGCUGUUUUGCUCGUCACAUUUUACGAGUAUACUAAGGGAUAAGCUUAUAUGGGUUUGUAGAGGAUUCCCGUUGUUAAAAUAUCUAUCGUUGAUUUUUCAAGCUUUUGCUGGCUGGCUAUGGUUGGCUUAACUUGUUAUUGUUUAGAUGUUAUCUCUUUCUUUGCUGUCUUUUCUGUUGAUGCGUAAUCUUGUCUUUAAUGACGGUAGGUGGAGUUCUGUGGUGGGCGUUACGAUACGUGGUGAUUUUGGCUCGAAUUGGUGUAUGAGCACUAGAGUUAGUUUCUCCUGUUAUGAUUUAUGGUUGGUUAUACAGUUGCAGCAUCGUAUUGGGAUUUGUUUAUGCUGGUGAAAUUUGUGUCUGAAUGCUCUGUAGGAAUCCUGUGGCUGCGUGAUUGCUAGAUUAUUAGUUUGCUUUCUAGUUUCGGAUAGGAAGAGGCUAAAUCAAUGGAACUGAGAUUUUGGUUUAACUGGCAGCUUCAUAAUUGCGUAUUGGCUGUCAAAUUCUUGGCCAACCUAUGUUAUGCAAAUCCAUUAUAAAGGAACACGAUUCACCGAGUAUUCUAGCUGUUUUGACAUGUUAAUUGUGUUCCCUUUUGCGUUAUCGAGGGUCAAGAAUCACAUUGCGUUUGUUUGAACUAAUUGGUUUGACCCAUUUCUUAUUCUUCUUGUUUUUCUUUUUUGGUAUGUUAAUUUCUAUCAGAAUGCUGUUCUGUUGGUCUUUGCAUUUUAUCUCAGUAACUCUAGAAGGUUUGUAUUUCAUAAUGGCAAUUUUGUUUUUAUUUCCCUUUUUCUUUUUUUGGAUUACACAAUGUAUCUCAUGGAACCAUAAAAUGAUAUUUACCAAAUGUUGCAACAAUGGGGAUUAUGCAAUAUAUUCAUGAUUCCAAACAUAGUUUACGUCUUUGUUUUUAGUAAUUUUACAAAUUUGUUGUAAUUGAAAAAAUCUCUUCUGAAAAAUUUCAUUGCACUAUGUCAUAAUUGGUAAUCAUUUUUUUUCACAGAUUGCUGGAUUUAGAUAUCAGAUCUUGACAAACUACAACAUCUGACUAUUUGGUGUUUUUAUUGGGUGGAAAUGCUAAACCAGCAUGUAGUCUCAUGUUUGUAGUGCAGCAUGUCACACUUAAGACAAAGUAUCAACCCAAAAGAUGAAACGAAUGGAUAUGUUGUAGUGAAGUUGUCUGAAAUACGCAAGGAAGUGCAAUGUCCAAUCUGUUUAGGGAUUAUUCGAAAAACCAGGACAGUGAUGGAAUGCCUGCAUCGCUUCUGUAGGGAAUGCAUAGACAAAUCUAUGAGGCUUGGGAACAAUGAGUGCCCUGCUUGCCGCACCCACUGUGCCAGUCGUCGUUCGCUGAGAGAUGACCCAAAUUAUGAUGCACUAAUAGCCGCUUUGUAUCCAGAUAUUGACAAAUAUGAGGAAGAGGAGUUGGCUUUUCAUGAGGAGGAGAAGGCUCGCAAUAAGCAGAUCCAAGCUUCCAUUGCCCAGACUUUUCGCCGACAAGCUGAAGCUCUUGGUAGGAAACGGACAACAUCUAAAGCCACAAUAGCUGCAUUUUCUAGGAGAACACCAGGCCGUCACAGAGAUGCCCACCCAAGAGGGAGGAGAAAUUAUCAAACAGCUGAUAUUCAAGGGUCUGAUGACAAUGAAGAUGCCAAUGGUGAUGGAUGCAAAGAUUCAUCAUCUGCUGAGGAGCACAGUGCAGAAGUUAAACCAAAAAGAUACAAGAGAUGGGGGGGUUCUCACUCAGCAGCUGCUUUUGCAGAUGCAGGUGGAGAUGAAAAUGAUUCAGAAGUGAAUAGAGAAUCCAUGGGGUCUUCUGCUGGGCUUGUUGGCCCUUCAGAAAGGCUUGCCUGGGGGAAAGGUGGUAUGCGGAGUCACACAAGAUAUGGCAGUGCAAAUGCUGGCAAUGGAAAGAAUGUCCGGAACAGCCGGAUCUCUAAGUUGGCAGAUUAUCUUCGAAAUUUGGAGGAAAAUGAUAAUGAGUUGGAUUUCCACCUCAUGCUUGUUUCUUUUGAUGAACAAAGACUACCUAGUUUACAGAGGCCGUACCUCUGCUGCAGGCCAACUUUGUCAGUCAAACACUUAUGUGAGUAUGUUGCUCUCCAGACUGCUCUGCCAGCAGAUGAAGUUGAGAUAUACCUGGUGAAAGAGUUGAAUUCUGUAUCUAAUUCUUCGACCCGCAGAAGUCUAUCAAUUUCUAUGCCUAUUACAAUUGAUUCAUGCAAAGAUAAGUUGCAGGUUUUAGAGGACAAAGAAACUCUGGCAGGACUUAAAACCGGUGAUUUUACUCAAGGGCAUCUGCUUCUGGCAUAUCAGAGGAAGCUGUGGACGUCAAAACGGUGACAAGGUUGCCUGCGAUCUUUAUUGUUUUUACAGAAACGAAAGUAUAGAUAUAUAGAUACACACUUGCAACAGGGAGUUGUCCUUUUCACAUGGCAUCCAUGGUCUAAACUGUCAGAUGCAUUAUAUUACAGAAAUGGUGGUAAUUUUUAUAGGUUUUGCACACAAAGAUUAAGCUAUAUAUAAUCUGAAAAAUGGUUGUCAGCCUCAAGUGUAUUCAGUGUAAGCUUUAUCAACCUUCUAUUAAUAUGCAAUAUUAUGAUCAUGAUUAACUGAAA